AUGUACAAAUGGAAAGAGCUUCCUUUUAUCUUAAGUACUGAUUACGUUUUACUUUCGAUAGUUUUAACACAAUAUUUAGAAGAACGUGACCCCGACAAAUGGUCUUACGUUGAAUUUUUAAAUCUAAACCGCGACACAAUCAUCAAGUUACCUCCAUUUAAUGUUAAAUGGGCUUCCCUCGAUGGCACUUGGUAUAGGCAAUUUCUUGAAGAAACGCGUGAACUGGAUCCUGCGUCAGCCAAUACGCUGAAGGAAAGAGUAUUUUAUUUUUUUUAUAUAGUUGGCGGUAGGGGCCUCCUGACACGUCUCUACUUGAAUCCGGAGGUUUUCAGCGCUCUCUCUGUCCCAAGUGAUGGUGGGGAAACUCCUGUCACGUCUCUACUUGCAUUUGGAGCCCGAUCCCCACCAAUCGCGACUCCCGUUAAAUCCGAACAAAAUAUGAAGGAUUACUGGGAAAAGAUGAUCAUUGAACAGAAGGAGCUGUCAGUAAAGCGUACACACAUCUCCGGUAGUCUCGACCUUCUAAAUGAUGCUGGGGAGUAUAAUACGCAGAGAUUACGCGAUCAAGGGUUUAAUGAAGACGAGGAAGGAAAAUCUUCCGGAAAGGCUCUUAGAAAGAGGAAGAAGGUUUGUUAUACUGAAGAAACGGAGAUGGAUUCGGAUUACUCGGAUUACUCUGAUCAUGAAUGGAAGCUUUCCUUUGAGGUCGAGUAUGGUUUUACAGUUGCGUUUCUUUCAAACCCGGCGUUUCCCAUCCCGAUACUUCAAGGUUCUUGUAUUUCAGAUCAAGCGUUUCCCAUCCCCGAUCUUAGACUAUCCGUAAAAGUUUCGGGCUACAUGGCAUAUGUCGAAUUAUUGAAAGAAAUUAUAUCGGAUAAAUACUUUACUAUUGUUAAGUUUUAUAAAAAGUUGGAUUUUCCAUUCGCUCAAAAGAAAGAAGAAAUUUUAUACGAAUCAUUAAAAACCAUCGCAUCCGAAAAUAACGUGAAAGCUCAGAAACUUUUAGAAAGUCUUGACAAACUUAUCAACUCCAACUCAUUAAUGAGCUACUGGGAUGGUAUCAAUAUACAAAAUGAAAAAAAUAAUACUCAAUUUAUUAAAGAUGCAUUGAGAGAAAAAGAGCACAUUAUUGAAAGUAAUCUACUUUUUGAUAGAAAAAGAAAAAACAAGGGAGAAGGAUUAUCAACUCCUCAAAAUAAGGUCAGAAUUUUCGACACGGGAUAUAAUAGUGAUUCUGGGCUGUAUAGUGGAGAGCCAUUCUCACCAAGCUGUGAGGCUGUACCAAGAUCACUUACGAAUGUUUUUCUCGAGUUAAAAGAACUUAAAGAUAGUGAUGUUGGUGCUGUUUUAAAAUCCAUGAAUCUUGGUGAUGAUUAUAUCUUAGAACCUAAGGAUUAUCAUGAACAAAGUAAUCCUGAAGUACAACAAAAACUUAUUUCAGAACCAGUUGAAGGAAAUCAUCUUGAAAUAAAACAAUAUGACUGUGUACCAAAGCCAAAAGUUACAAUGAAUAAAUGGUUAUGGAAUGGACUUGAUAUCUGUAAUUCUUUACGAGAUAAUAAGAAUGCUAGAAUGCCAUUAAACAUUGAUGUCAUGAAUUUUCAUAACAACUUAUGUACAGAACCCCUUCCAUCAUCAAUGAUUACAUAUAUUCAAGAACAAAUGGAAAACGAAGAUGUUAACAUCAUCUUCUUUGAUGAUGGCAAAAAAUUUGGAAUAAAUAAGUUUUCAAUUGACAUUGAUGAAGAAGUUAUGAAAUAUCUGAAUGCAUUCCAAGAUUGU